AGCGCACCCUGCUCGCAAGGUGGAACAACAGGUAGGCGCCAAGCAAGCAAGGCAGGCUGGCGUCCUGGAGGGGUUUUACGCUGAAAGUCGACAUGAACAUUUCUGGGUAGGAGCACUAGCGGAGCACAGCGUCUACUGCUGGCGUUUUGAUUGUGAUUUUCAUUAUUAUUUGGCGACAAACGCCACCCAAAGCUUGUUGGAGUGAAUGCAAAUAACUGCACAGGACGUCUGAGAAUGUGCAAGUUGCUUUAAAUUUUUCGCCUGAGAGAGACACACACUUGAAGACGUGGGACACUCCUUGACCCAGAUCCCCUGCAGGAGGUCAUGGACGUUUUACGCAAGUCUUCAGUGUUUGCAGCAGAGGUCCUGGAAGUAUUUGACCGAUCUUUGACCGAGAAAGAGCUGGUGUCCCAGUCCAAAGCCUUGUGUCGGGACUACAUUCUCUCCAGGCUCAACCAGAACGGACUGGGAUGGUCCAAAAGUGAACUCAAUCUACAGCCUUCGAACUCUACUCUUGCCGAGGUGUCUUUUGUGCUUCUCUGUCUCGGUGAUGAGCUGGAGUGCGUAAUGCCCAGUUUGUACAGGAACGUAGCCCGGCAGCUCAACAUUUCCGUUGCCAUGGAGAACAUGGUUUCGGACGCUUUCAUCGGGGUGGCAACAGAGAUCUUCUCCACAGGUAUAACGUGGGGCAAGGUGGUCUCCAUGUACGCAGUAGCAGGAGCCCUGGCGGUGGACUGUGUCAGACAAGGCCAUGUGAGUACAGUUCACAUCAUCGUGGACAGUCUCGGCCAGUUUGUUCGCAAGUACCUGACUCAUUGGCUGAAGAGACGAGGAGGCUGGGUGGAAAUGACAAAAUGUGUGGUGAAGAAGGACCUCGGCCAUGAACACCACUGGCUUUCCUCGGCCCUGGAGUCUCUGCGCUACUUCCUCACCAUGAUGUACGUGUACAUCAUGAAGGACCAGUGACCCACACCGCCCCCUUGGAACCUUUAUUGUUUUGAUACCACAUGCCAAUAAAAGACAUCCGGCCCCGGUGAUCUGACUUUUUGCUGAAUGGACAUUGACAAAUGUGUCAUCAGCAUCUUUUGGCUUCUGUCACAUGACUCUGCACGUGAUUGCGCUUCAUCCAAAGGGUAGUCGCAGCGGGAGCUAACAAUUUGUAACACACACACACACACACACACACUGUUCUUCUAUGAAGUCGUGGUGGAUCUCUGCAUUGAGAUGUGGCAAAGAGGUAUUUAACUGAGGCCUUUACACCUCAGCACGCUGCAAUAUCCUAUCUCCUGCUUACAUCUAAUGGCUUUAAUCCAUAAUAAUUUCACCAAGAAAUGCUGGGUUGGUCUUUCAGGGUCCAGUUUUUUGGCCAAAGCACGUCUGCACAGAGAACUUGUGUGCAUAUUUUAUUGGUGUGUUUUCCUUAACUUUUAAUCUGUAAAUAGAUUAUUUAUGAUUUUAUUUUUUCAACAAUUAAAGCCAUAGCAGUAUAAAAAACUCUUCAGAAUGUUGGUGUGAUAUGCUUGGUGUUUUUUUUCUCCUUCUACAGUGUUAAUGUGUAUUUGUAUGAUUGUUUUUUCUGCAAUAAAUCAAAAGUUUUACUUUUUAAAUUCUUUUCUCAUUGAUCCAUUUUCUA